AUGAGGGCGUUAUUGUUGCUGUGCGUGCUCAUGAGUGGCGUCUGUGGCGACGUCGUGAAGAGCUCCCGGCGCAGGAAAGUGUCCCUCCUCAACCCACAGUUAGAGGGUGUUGUGCCGGACCGGGCUCUGGCUGCGUCACCAUCCCCGGUCGCUCCCGCUGACCUGGAGGGACGCGAAGCGCUACCGUCUGAUUUCCUGUUCGGUGAUAACGUCAACCUGGAGUGGCACCCGUGGAACGGCUCGCUGCCCAAUGGGGCGGUUGCCAUCUACAACGGAUACACCGAACGCACCGACUAUGUGUGCAUGUACAAGUGUGAGGCAGGCUUCUACAAUGACGACCUAGGGCCCUACUGUCGCUACCCGUACGGGGACGCCGAGUACUACGCCCCCGACUUCCAUGUCCUGGCUAACAAGGACAACUUUGAGUUCCUGGAGUGGAAGGAAGGUUCCUACGGUUCAGUGCCACCAAACUCGGUUCGGACCUGCGUCGGUGCGGGCAUCUACGUGGGCAGGAACAAGUAUGGCCUGGGCAAGGUGGUGCCACAGUUUGAGGCUUUCUUCCUGCCUUGGGAGGGCGACGAAUACUGGUACAAGAAAUAUCAGGUUCUGACGGUCAACCGCGACGCGUACACGCAGCAUAUCUCUCAUGUUCGCUACGACCUGGACCGGGUGGCCAUAUUUCAGUACCCACCUGAGACCAUGCGGAUCUCCAGCGUCACCAACAAUGAGUGCCAGGCAGUGACGAAGAUGGUGACGAUCUCCAAGACCAGUGAGAAGGAAACCACCUGGGACAUCGGGCGGGCCACCAUGCUGGGCAUCGCUGGUAGCAUCACGGCCAAGAUCCCGUUGAUUGGCUCAGGGGGCCUGGAGCUUAGCGGCGAAAAGACCCUGAGCUUUUCCCGCGGGACCACCCUGGUGGAGUCCAUGAGUCACUCAGUGUCCGUGGAGCUGACGGUACCACCGAAUCACGAGUGCAGCGUGCGGAUGGAGGGCCGCAAGGUCAAGGCCGACAUCCCGUACACGGCCCGCCUCAGUCGCACGUACCGGAACGGCGAGACCCAGUGGACGUCUGUAUCGGGCACCUAUGACGGCGUGCAAAUCGGAGAAGUCCGCGCUGUGGUGGACCGCUGCCGGCCCGUAGAGGACGCGCAGCCCUGCCCGUCUCCGUGA